AUGGCCCGACUCAACACGAGACAUCAGACGAAGCACGAUGAGCAGCCGCAUGAGAAAACAAGGGCCCCGCGCCUGACUGAAAGACACGCCAUUACCCAAAGCCCCAACCCACCAACGCCGAAAGAGCGCCUCAGAGAACAAUGGCCGGCAGAGAGGCCGACAACACUAGUGCGCAGCAAAUCGACAAGGACGAGAACCAAAACACUGUCUGAGCAGCAAUUUGACAUCUUUGCCGAUAGCGACGGGGCGAGUGAGCGGGACACGCCCAAGGCGAAGAAAGCAACGCCUUUGAAAGUCGGCCUGGCUCGCGCGAAUUCCGUGAUUCUACCUCUGCCCCAGCAGCCUCGGGCUCGAACAAACAGGAAGUCGGAGUUGUAUAACUAUGAUAAAGAGAAUGACCCGGCUGAGGAGGAGUUGGAUCCUGAACCGCCUUCUCUAUCCAGGAACCCCUCCGAUGCAUCAUCCUCUACACGGUCACCGGCGAGGGAUAGGAACACCCAGCAAUUCAAUACAUAUCGCCAACCGGAACCUGAAUCGGAAAAUGAGAGUGAUAGUGACAGUUUUGACUCUCUCGACGACUUUAUUGUUAGUGACAAUGAGGAAGUUAGCUAUCAUGCGUCUUCUUCGUCGGAGGAUGAAACAGAGGAGGAGCAACACAAAGUGGCUACUCCACCAACACAAAAGAGACGACUAUUUCGAGGCAGGCGACCGAACCCUGCUGUUGAAUUGGAGAAUGCUCUCCGCGAAUCUGCACGGCGUCCAAACCUUCGAUUGGAGCCCUCGUUGCCAGCAGCAAUUGCGACGCCAUCUCUGGGCCCAGACAGGGUUUCUAGGAAACUCUUCCGGACCGACGUCUCCGAGAAGAUGAACAAGUUGAGAAUAGAGGAUGAUGACCCAUCAUCCUCACAGCUUCAAAAUGACCUUAACGGAUCUACUGAAGAACAGGCCCGCCAACUGCAGCCUGAUGAUUCUCUAUUCCGCACUCCCCCUUCGAGCCCUUCGAAGACUCUUCUAAGAUCGCCGAUGAAGGAGAGAACCAUAAUUCCCCCAAGUCCUCAUCGCGAAAGCACCGACGCUUUCUGGAGUGCAGAGAUUACCAACAAGUGGAUUGACGAGCACUCGCCACGCAAGGCCGCACUAUUGCUACGGGAGUUUGACGAGUCCGACAGCGAAUCCGAGACGAUGGCACUGCGCGCUAAGUCAACGAAGCCGGCAAAGCCUUUGAGCAAGACGGCACAGAAAAAGGCGGAAUCUGAAGCUAAAAAGGCUGCACUCGCGCGCAAACGGUUAUUCGACAGCAGGAAAGCUGCUUUUGCGGAGCACUUUCUCAAAACACUUGAUGAUGCUGUUUGCGAGGGUAAAGUCCAGAAAUACUCCGCAGAGACCGGUGGGGUCCACAUUCUUUGGAGCAAAACACUGCAGACAACGGCCGGGCGAGCAAGCUGGAGGCGAGACAGGUCCUCGGGCUCCAUAUCGUCUAGUAGCGAUACCUCAUCAUCUACUACUUCCACUAAACACUUCGCUACCAUCGAACUAGCGGAGCGUAUCAUUGAUGACGAAGACCGGCUGAUCAACACAAUGGCUCACGAGUACUGUCAUCUGGCAAACUAUAUCGUCAUGGGCGUUCGCGAUCAACCGCACGGGGCUAGCUUCCAGGCUCUAGGCCGAAAGUGCAAGGAAGCCCUAAAAAACCACCCGACAUACGGCGGCCGCAUCGAGGUAACCACCAAACAUAAUUACAAGAUCGACUACAAAUACGUGUGGACAUGUGUCGACUGUUGCCAGAACUAUGGACGCCACUCGAAGAGCAUCGACCCUAGCAGACACCGGUGCGGCAAGUGUAAGGGUCUCCUCCAGCAAAUCAAGCCUAAACCAAGAGCCGUCUCGCCGAGGAAGAAGUCACCCCCUCUUGGUCUAGUGAGAGAGACGUCGAAAGACUUGGAUCCGAUUGUUUUGAGCCCAUAG